GCUCGAUAAGAAGUUUCUAGCGCACGAACCGUCCCGUAUAUAAAGACUCGCGGCUUCAGAGCUUUCACAAAUACCUCAAAAGUACACCGGGAAAAGUGACUUCGCUGAUUUACUUAUCUCUGCCGAACUGAAUAAAUAUCUCCCAAUCAAUAUGAAAGCUUUUUUUGCCAUCGCUUGUAUCUUCGGGGUCGUCGUAGUGGAAAUAGUUGGUUCCCCAAUCGCUGAUAAUCCAGUAGUCAACUGUGACGCAGCCCCUCCUCCAGCCGAAGGCGAAGAAGACUGGGCAGUUCUGGUCCCCAAUCCGUUGGAUUGUGGAAGUUAUUACGUUUGCAAUGUGGGCGCGCCGAUUUACAUGCCGUGUCCGGAGGGGCUCCACUUCAAUCCUAAGCUUUCCGUGUGCGACUGGCCCUGGGCAGCUAAUUGCUCUGUGGCAGGAUUGCUCAAUAAAAAAUGAGGCGAAAACAUCAGUUUGAAGAUUCAACGAAAGAAAUGGCGUGUGAAUUAUUCGUGGACGAACUCAAUUCAACGAUCUCCUAUGAAGUAUUUGUCGCUGCUUUACCAAACCAAUUUUCCGUAUGAUUAUUGAAAUAAAAUAUUAGUGCAAGAC